GCGCCCUAUCAUUGAGUAUUCCGCAAUGGAUGCGCGCGCAUGCGUCGUCCUGCUGCUGGCAGCGGCUGCCGCGGCCCGCGACUGCAUCGAACUCACCCUCCCGCCGAAAAGCCUCCUCACAGAAUCAAUUCUAAACGGCACAAUAUUCAGACUGACCGCGAGAAAUGAAUCCAUCGAACGUUACCCUCAAGUGAAUAUUAUGAACCUUUUCAAUCGAUUCCCGAAAGUGGUUGUGCCGAGAAACGGGACCAAUGAACAGUGCAGGAUCGACAGCCAAAUGUUUCUGGACGGCCUGGACAACUUAGAGCUUUGGGCGCUGAAAAUGUUCGAUGCGACAGCGAAGCCUCCUUCGGGUAUCCUGAGCGGCAACGGGAACCAAUAUGGCGACUUCGACGAGUGCCUCAGCGUCGACGGGGCAGUCCAGGGGAAAUACUGCCUUGCUUCUCUCCAGAUCACCUUCGACAAAGAGAGAUAUCGUGAGCUGGAUUACCUGAUACAUAGUGGACAUUAUAUCAGAAGCAAUGUUACUGAUAUGGGUCACCGCGUGCCCCGCUACUCUAGCCUGCUCUGGGGGGUGUGCAUCCCUAGCUCCUGCAGUAGCUUCGACCUGGAGGAGGAACUGUCCCACAGUCUAGCUGGACUAGGCAUGAGGGUCAAGGUUCACAAUACCAUGUGCACGGUCAAAAACCCCAAACGACCUUAUUCUUUUGGCAAGACCUUGUCAAUCACAUUUUUCCUAGCAGUUCUCCUACUGCUCAGCUUGGGAACGUUGCUGGAUGACGGCAAGGAGGGCGACACAAAUUUCGAAAAAUUACUCAAUGCCUUCUCCCUAAAACGCAACCUGAAGAAAGUUUUCGACCUAUCAGACACCCCCACAAGGGUGAAGGGGGUGGAUGCUAUUAGGGGAGUCAAUGCUUUCGCUUUACUAAUAGCUCAUAAGUCUAUGGCGAUGGCACAUAACCCUUAUGUCAAUAAAGUUCACUUUUCAGCGGUGUUCGGUAUGCCCUGGGCUGUCGUCGGAAGAUCAGCAAUACUUUACACGGACAGUUUCUUAUAUCUGAGUGGAUUUCUGAACGCACACAAUCUACUUCAAGAUUUGGAUAAGAAAGGAACCAUCGAUGUCAAAGGCCGGCUCCUUGCCAGGUGGUUCAGAUUGUUCCCGCUGUUCCUCAGCCUGAUGCUAUUCUGCACGUACAUCCUGCCCGACGUGAACAACGGCCCGCAGUGGAACCUCGUGGUGGAGGAGCACAGCAGGGUCUGCGAAAAGACCAUGUGGAAGAGCUUCCUCUUCAUCCACAACUACUUCGGCUUUGAGGAAAUGUGUCUAACCCACACCCACCAGAUCGGCAUGGACAUGCAGCUGUACGUGGCUACACUGCCUCUCAUGCUGGUCCUCGCCAAGUCCAGGACCUUGGGUUUGUCCCUCAUAUUCCUCGUGGCUGCAGCUUCUACUGUGCUGAGAUAUCUGGCCAUCUACUGGUACGAUAUCAGCAUGUUCGUCUAUUAUGGCAUCUCAGUGCAAAAGUUACUAGACGCCGCGCGAUUCUCGUACAUACUGCCGACCCACCGCGCCACCAUCUACCUGAUCGGCGUCGCCAUGGCUUACUUCAUGAGGAAUAAUAAACUGAACUUAGCAUUGUCCAAGAACCAAGUGAGACUUCUGUGGCUGACUUGCCUGUCGCUGGCAGCAGUCACCAUCGUGAGCCCGUACCGCAUGGGGCUGGAGGGCUACCAGUAUGAACACACCCCAGCCGCCUUGUUUUCUGCCCUCUCCCCGAUUUUAUGGGGAGUCUUCAUGUGCCUCACUCACUGGGGCAUUUGCAAUGACUAUGCAGGUAUAGGCACCAUAUUCAUCGAAUCACCAGUGUUCAAAUUCUUCAACAAGAUCGCUUACGGGGUCUACCUGACCCAGUUCCCGAUCUUCUUCUACAACGUGGGCGUUCAGAGACACGCGGAGCAUUAUAAUCCUCUGCUGCUUGUACACGCGCCAGAGAUGAUAUCCAUCUUUUUGGUUUCUAUCUUAACCACAGUGACUAUUGAGAUGCCCUUCAACAAGGUCUAUAGGAUAUAUUUCGGAAAAUCGCAGACAAAAUUAAAGGACAAAUAAUGCAACGAGACAAAGACUAGAAAUAAAUAUAGACUGUAUAUAGCUAGGUUAAGCCAAACAUCACGUAUCCGCGUAUUUAGUAUUUAGUUCGACGUUCGACUAUUUUUAUACCGAGAAUCGAUUAAUUAAUUGAUGUAAAAUAAACGAGUGGUAAUAGAAAA